AUGGAGACGUCUUUUAAGCGCGGCGCAAGCACACCACAUUUGCUACCAUACCUCCCUCUCCAAACCCGCCCAGGACUAACGGCGCAGACAUUCGUUACACUCUCUUUGGCCAGCAAAAUGCUGGUCAUUUGGUUUUUCACGCUACUCUCGUUCACGGCCCUGAGUGCCAGCAAGCUUUCUCAAGACGGAGAUGACACGGACAAGACGACUACCGCAUUGAGCGCCGGUGGGGAGUUCGAUGGCGAACUGUUUACCUGUGGGAGCUCUCAGGGGCUUUACGGCCCAGCCGAGAGCACUGGCAAGCCGGAACUGUCGAUCGAGCUCGAGGCUGAGCGGCUUGACAUGCAGGCACUCGACGACAUCAACGUCCACUACCUGCCCGCCGGUAUCGCUUCUCGUCUUAUCCACGAAUGCUCGCAGCUUGUGGGCCAAGUCGUCAGCAACGCUCUGCAGUUCAGCUGGCUCCGCUUGUUCGUCUUCCUUUUCCUGUUUCGCUAUGUCCGUCUCGUAGUCCACGUCGUGGCCUACAACCGCUUCAAGCCAGCGCCCGUCCUGGACAAUCCGACAUUCACCGCAAAGGACGUCACAGUGGUCAUCCCCACGGUGGAGCCGCACGGCGGCGCCUUCGACGAGUGCAUCAGCCGCGUCCUCGCCAAUUCUCCGGCCUCGAUCCUCAUCGUCACCGUCGGCGACGCCAAUAUCCGCGACGCCACCAACCACUGCAAGACACUCCCGCCCAGCUCCACCAACAUCCGCGUCCUCUCCGUCGCGGCGCCGAGCAAGCGCGAGCAGAUCAAGCGCGCCGUCGCCGAGAUCCAAACCGCCAUCACCGUCCUCUGCGAUGACACCGUCUUCUGGCCGCCGACCUUCCUCGCCCACGCCCUCGCGCCCUUCGAGGAUGAGCACGUCGGCAUCGUCGGCACGUGCAAGCGCGUGCGGCGCACCAUGUACAAGGCAGGCUUCGGGCUCGCGUCCUUCUGGAACCUCUGCGGCGUGAUGCGUCUCGAGCGCACCAACUUCGACCUGGCGGCGACCAACGCCGUCGACGGCGGCGUCAGCUGCGUGUCGGGCCGCACCUGCGCGGUCCGCACCCGCAUCCUGCGCGACGAGGCCUUCCUGCGCGCCUACACGGCCGAGUACAUCUUCUGGGGCGCCGUCGGCCCGCUCAACGCCGGCGACGACAAGUGGGUGACGCGCUGGGUGCUCACGCACGGCUGGCGCGCCCGCCACCAGAACUGCCCCGAGGCCCGCAUCGAGACGGUCCUGGGCGUCCGCGGCGGCGGCCCGCGCUUCCGCGGCCAGUGCCUGCGCUGGGCCCGCUCGAGCGCCCGCGACAACCCGAAGAUGGCGGUCCGCGACGGCCUGUGGCGCCGGUAUCCGUGGACCACGUACGCCGUGCUGGCCACGUCGCUGGUCAACUACGCCGCCCUGUACGACCCGCUCCUGGUCUACGCCCUCCACAGGGCCCUGCGGACCGUCUCCGAGCUGCAGGACGGCGGCGCGGCCUCUGAUCAUCCCGCUCAUCGGCCGUACUGGCUCCCGCUGCUGCUGCUCGUCGUCUGGAUCCUAGCCACCAAGUUCGUCCGCCCGGCCUCCCACUACCGGCGCUACCCCUGCGACCUCGUGUACGCGCCGUUCGUCAUCCUGUUCGGCUACUACCACUCGUGGAUCAAGCUCCAUGCGCUGCUUACUUGCUGGGACAUCUCCUGGGGUACCCGUGCCGGCAUCGAUCAUGCUAAGCCGGCCGAGGCGGCUGCAGUCGCUGAUCAGGACCACUCGGCCUCCACCGAGGAGGCAGAGGCUUGA